AUGAGUAAAAAAAGACUAGUUUCUUCUUCUUAUCGCUCGUCUAGUUCACCCAUAAAAAAAGCUAAGGUAUCUAGGCUUACAGACACAGACGAAGUUGUAGAAGAACACAAAACCGAUGAUACUACUAAAGCAGUUGGUGGCUCUGAAGAAAAUGAAGUUCAAAAAGAUCCAUUUAACGCAACUAGUACUCAAAAUACAACAGAGGAAGGGCUUAACUCACCUAACUUUGAAGAGAAUGCUUCAAUCUCUUGGACGGGUUAUGUAACUCAGGAUCGCAGUCAUUCUUGUCCUUACCUGGACACCAUUGAUAGAGCUCGCUUGGACUUCGAUUUUGAAAAGGUGUGUUCUGUGUCGAUGAUGACUCAAAACGUUUAUGCUUGUCUAGUUUGCGGAAAGUACUUUCAAGGGCGAGGAAAGGGUACACACGCCUACAAUCACAGCGUUACGGCAGACCACCACGUUUUUAUUAAUUUACAAACGUUGCGGUUCUACUGUCUUCCUGAUAAUUAUGAAGUUAUCGACAAUUCCCUACAAGACAUCAAGCGAGUUAUCAAUCCUAAAUUUGAAAAGAAGGAUGUCAAGAUUCUCGACAGCUUUAGUAGAACCAUCCGUUGUCUAGAUGGGUCAACAUACACGUGCGGGGUGAUGGGACUGAAUAAUAUAAAAGCGAAUGACUAUGUUAAUGUUGUAGUGCAAGCGAUUAUGAGGUGCAAGAGAUUUAGAGACUUCUUUCUCUUUCCUGCGCAUUAUCAAACCUGCACUCAUCCUCUCGUGCUGCGGACAGGCGAGUUGGCACGUAAACUUUGGUGCACGGACAACUAUAAAUCACACAUUAGUCCGCACGAGCUUCUACAGGCCGUCGUCAACACCAGCCAGAAACGCUUCCAAAUAACCAAGCAGAGUGAGGCGGUCGACUUUCUAGUUUGGUACCUUAACACGCUCAGUCAACAGCUCUCUAGAAAAAAAAACACACCAGAUAUCGUUGCUGAGUGCUUCCAAGGAAAGAUGGUGAUGUCAUCUCGGCGGAUGGGCUCGAAAGAACUCCUAAACGAUGCAGUAAAGCUCACCUUAAGCAUCCUCGCGCCUGGGAAGGGUCGACUUGAACUUUUCUACACCGGCAGGUCGAGCAGGAGAAGGCGCAGGCAGCCGAGGAUGCCCACGAGGUCUUUGACACGAAACUUGAGAAGAUACCGUUUUUGUAUCUUACUUUGGACGUCCCUCCACCUCCUCUCUACGUGGACAUUGAAAAGGACGACAUAAUUCCACAAGUCCCGCUAUUGGAUCUCUUCAGAAAGUUUGAUGGUGUGACUGAGCAGAAAAAGGGGAGCCUUGCACACACUUACAAGAUCACGAAGAUCCCCCGUUACUUAAUUCUGUACAUCAAGC